AUGGAGGCCGGGCAGCUGAGCGCCGUCCUGGGCGUUAUCCUGGUGCGGGUGGAAAUGACCACGCAGGACCUGGACCUGCAGAAGGAGCCAGAGGAGGAGGCUUUCCCGGUGCGGAGACCUCGGCUGCAGGCUUUGGUUUCCAGCCCGAUGCUUCUUUGCCCGAGUUCCUUCUUCGCCGGCUCUGUGUCGGCUCCUGGGCCGGGAGCACGCUCCAACCACCACUGCCCCUGGCGUCCCGUCCCCGAGGACAGGCGGCAGCAAGGCUGGUUCUCCUUGGGGACUGGGAUCCAGCCCUGUGGCAACGGCAGACAGAUUGCAGGGUUCUGGCGGGAAGUUGGGGUGGCCUCCAGCCAAAACUUGGCACUGCAGACCCCAAAGAGGCUGGAGGCCUUGUUCCUGACCUUGAGUUGGGAGGAGCUGACCGUGAAGGCUGCGUAUAAUAGUUCAGGAAGCUGUGAGACUGAACAAAUAGUGAGCUCAGAAGUAAAUGUUUCCGGCAAGUUUGUUUUUCCUGGCCACAGGGAGAUCCAGGUGAUAGACACCGACUACGAGCAGUACGCCAUCCUGAGGGUGUCCCUCCGCUGGCGGGACAAGGAGUUCCACGUGCUCAAGUAUUUCACUCGGAGCCUCGAGGGCGAGUAUGAACCCGGCUUCUGGAAGUUCCGGGAGUUGACCGCAGACACGGGACUGUACCUGGUGGCCCGGCACGGGAGGUGUGCCAAGCUCCUGAAGGAGGAGCUGAUCUAGGGGAGCCCCCGCCCCAAUCCGGGAUGCUCGGAGCCCCGCCCACCCGGCCUCCCCUGGCCGCCCAGCCCUGGGGGGCCCGCCUGCACCUGCUCUGAAUAAACUCUA